CCCUCGCACCCUAGCAUUUACUUCUAACGUGAAAUUUAAUUUUAUUCCCUGGAACUUAAAGGGAAAUCACCUGAGAGCGUCAUAAUGAGUAUGACGGGACAGGUCAUGAAUCACCUUCUAAUGACUGAUUUGUUUUUCAGGUGCUGCCAAUAUGCUGACGUGUCCCAACUGCCAUCAUGUGCUGGCAGCUCACCCGUGCUGCGGUGUUCCGUCAGUGCCACCAUCCCUGCACGGCCCAUUGCCAACACCAAGUGCCUCCUUCGCCUCGGCGGCUCCCGGCACCCUUAUCAUGGGCACCUCCCUAGGGGCUGUUCCUCUGGGUGUUGGCACUCUGCAGCAGCCGUCCCCUCUAGCAACACCUCACGUCAGUGGACACAUGUUCCAUUUCCCCUCAGUACAGAUGCCAAGUUCUUCAGUUUUCCAGAACACCUGCCCCUCACCGUGUAUUGCGUCAGUGCACUCCCACUGCGUAGGCACCUGCAGAGUCGCCUGCAGUGGCGCCUGGAGGUGGCCAGAUAGUGGAAGUCACAUCGCUACCCAGACAAUAACUUCCCGCAUGCACACAUCUGGUGGGGGUAUAGUUGACGAGAGUACAGCUACCAAGAUGUAUCGGGGAGAUAUACAGGACAGUUUCAGUAGUGUGAGAGACGGGGAUGAGGUUCAGGCGCUGAGUGCAACCAGACAGGCUCUAGUAAAGAGUGGUUGGUAUUGGGAGCGGUUAUCUUGGCGUCAAGCAGAAACACUCUUGCAGAUCACCAGAUUAGGUACUUUUAUUGUUCGGGACUCAGCAGACACCAGGUUCCUGUACUCACUUAGUGUACAGACAGAGCGGGGACCCACUAGUGUUAGGAUCCAUUACACUGGUGGUAAGUUUCGCCUUGACUGUGAGUCACACAUGACUUCAAAAGUCCCUGAAUUCUCUCAUGUUAUCACCCUUAUUGAGCAUUACAUACGUUUAAAUCGCAAGCUACAGCGGCAUGUCUGGGUAGACGCAGAGGGUAAGAUGUACUCCCCAAUCACUAUUAGACAGCCUCUCAGACGGUCAGUACCACCACUGAAGCAUCUGUGUCGCUUGUCAAUUAACCAGUCAUUUCACCGCUCAUGUAGCACUGUGUGCCUCCCUCCAACUCUCUCUCAGUAUAUUAAUGAGUACCCUUUCUGGUGCUAAUGACGAAAGGGAGUUUUCAGUAAGUUACCUCAGCCUUGCUUGACAAGCUCGGUAUGUACUAAUAAAGUCCAUUUUAUUCUCUCAAACAUUCUGGGACGUCAUUGAUGGUAUCUGGGCACUUAUUAAUUAAAACGUAAAUUCAACACUAACCUAUAGUGAUAACCACUUUGUUGGUUAUGGACAUUACAUAUAUAUUUGGGUAGCAUAGCAAACACGUUGAAAAUACAUGUGUGAUCUCCAGCCGACAGCAUGUUAGGUUCUAGCUCAGUGAGGCUGGAGACAAGCAGUACAUGUACGUAAAUGUGUAACGUUCAAAAGAGUGGGCAUGAGGAUUUAAUAAAGCCAAGAAAGAGUUUCUGCCGUAAAACGCUAAGCGGUUAACACACCCUGACGCAAGAGUGAUGCAACAACGCAAAUUCCUUGACGCAGCUCUGGUGGCACUCCUCAUAACCAAAUUGGCGGUAGAAGAGCAGCACAAAAGUCAAGGUACAACAAGGCUCAUCAGCCCAGUUUAUAUCAUUAUUGCUGCCAGUGAGUUGCACGAGAAACACUGUCCGACCAGCACACAUCUGGUGCUCGUAACAAGCGUUAGUGAUCAUUACACGCUUUCAGUUUUUUUUAACUAUUUAGUUUCGAGACGAUCUUAUAAACAAAAUAGAUUUUUAAUAUGAUUAAGAGAAAACUAAAUUAUUGCUUAACGUGCAUUAGCCACGUAUGAUUUACAAUGUAUAAAUCUAAUAUACAUACAGAGUCUUAAACCAAUUUGCGUUCUAAUAUUUAGUGACUCACAAUUAUCAGGGAUUUGGAAUGUUUAUAACCAGUGAUCUGAGAAGAUGUUUAAUUUCUCAUAUGUUUAAGAUGUUUUCGUCGUCACAAGCCACCUUAUGAGCUUCCAAGUAAAUCUAAUUGAAAUAUCUUUGAGUUCUAUGUAAUGGUAUUUUAAAAUGUUAAAUUAUUCCUGCAGAUAAUGUUAUGGCAAUGUUAAUUAUGUAACUUUUUUUUCAUACAUAUUUUCUUUUAUCCUCAAUGUAUGAAACAUACAAUAAUGUGAACCUCACGUUGAUGGCAGACACUUGUAAGAAUGCAGGUUAAAUAUAUGAAAAAAAUUGUCAAAUUUCUAUAAUUCAACAAUUAUUAUUAUUAUUAUUACUAUUAUUAUUAUCAUCAUCAUCAUCUGCUGCUUUAAAAGAAAUGAAACAUAUCAUAUUGUUUUCCAUUGAUAAAAUAUAAUUAUCAGUCUACAAUAGUUAUCACUCUCAAGGUUAACGUUGUAAAGAUAAUCAUUAGGUUCGUAUCUUUUAUAUUAGUUUAUAUACUAAUAAGGAAACAGGUGUAAUUCCAGUGGCUUGCAGCUUAGUUUUUCAAUAAAGAUAAAGUCUAUAUCUUAAGAGAAGUGUCUUAUGGUCAAUAAUGUUCCCUAAUUACUGAUAAGUUGUGUAUGUGUUCUUGUGUUUCUUUCAGUACAAAAGUUGUUUGAGAAAACUAUUUUCGUGGAGACAGACGAAGUGUAACUAAACACUGACAUUUCUUCACUAAAAUCUUCCUCUUCAUGAUUUAAAUACAGAAAGGAGAGUAUUAUAAGUAGAAAAAUUCUUCUGGUAAUUAAUCAGUUUGUAAAUUCUAGGAUGGAAAAAUGCUUUAAUAAUUUAAUUUGCUAAAGUCUUGUCUCCAUUAAUUAAUUAAUUAAUGCUUCCAUUUUCAUGCUUGUAUAUAUUCUUGUAAAGUUUUAUCUAAUGAUACUGAUGUAAAUAUACGGAAUUUCUGUGGGCUGAACAUAUCCAGUGUUUCGAUAUAUUGUAAUGGUAAUGCCAAAAGUAAUAACUUUUUUAAUGUAUUGAAAUUUCUUGAUAGGCAUUGGUGGCUAAAUAUAUAUAUUGAUUAUUUUCAGUAUUCUGUGUAAAAUUUCAUAUAGUCUUAGAUAGUUUAAACCAAGUUGCAUCCAUUUAUGAGGUGCCAAAUCAAAAGAGAAUUUAGUUUUCUUAUAACCAAUGAUAUGUCGUAUGUCCUCUGUGUAAUAUUUAGACCUGUUCCCCUCUUAUAUAUAGUGUAUUAAGAUAACUCUAUGUAAAUAUACUCCAACCUCUCUUACACUGUAAGAUAAUCAUGUUAUGUUUUUAUAUUUAACUGUAUUUUUAUAGAUUUUGUGAUUGAUCUAAUAAUGUGUGAGCACAUUCAGACUGGAGGGACCAGAGUGUCAUGGCGGAGAGACUGGUUGGUGAUUUAGUAAUGUGUGAGCACAUUCAGAAAGGAGGGAUCAGAGUGUCAAUGACGUAGAGACUGACUUGACAUAAAGCAAUUGCCUCUAGAUACUAGAAUAAUUUAAUGUUAUUUAUACAGGGUUUUGUAAAUACUAAUUUAAUCUGCCUAUAAAUAAACUCUUCCAUUUUUACAUAAUAUUCACAAACUGAUUAUUGCUCGACAUUACCUCCUGCAGUAAUUAUGACUCCUAAUUCCAUACCUUCUAAGAUAAGGUCAACCACAAACCAGUAUUAAAUGCCUCUUUCCUACCAGUGACUUAGUAACUUGACUCACGAAAUCGUAAUGACACGAUUGCAAACCAUACCACGGGUGAGGUUAGAACCC